AUGGACUUUUUGCCCCUUAGAAAAGAGGAUAGAGCAUUGUGUAAAGAUUGUAAAGUCAUACCUAGUGAGAAUCUUUCAACUCAACAUAGGUUGUUGGUGAUGGAUGUGGUCAUUAAUAAGGGCAGAAAGAAGAGCAGUGUGGAGGCUCGACCCAGGAUUAAGUGGGGUAGCUUGAUUUUAUCUAAUGCGUUAGAGAUAGGGGAGAAUUUGAAGAGUAGGGGGCUUGGGAGAAACGAAGAGGUUAAAAGGAAGGUGGAGUCUAAGAAAGUGGCAUACACUAAGUUGGUUGCGAGUAAGGAUGAUGAGGAGAGGCAAACGAAAAAGGAGGAGUAUAAAGUAGCAAGAAGAGAGGCUAAGUUAGCGAAAGAGGUGGCAGUUUAUUUUCAUAAAGUUUUGAAUGACGAGGGGGAUAAAGGUUUCGUGUUGGGGGAGUUGCAGAAGUCUGAGGAGUGUCGCGAUUAUGGUUAUUGUAGGCGUACUGAGGUUGAGGAGGUCAAAGGGGCUAUUCACAGGGUGCGUCGGGAGAGGGUGACAGGGCCAGAUGAUAUCCCAGUGGAUUUUUUGAAGAACACUGAUGGGGCAGGGUUGGAAUGGUUGACAAGGUUGUUUGAUAUCAUUUUUAGCAUGGUGAAGAUGCCUGAGGAGUGGAGGUGA